AUGAAGUACGCAGCAGCUAUUUUGGCUCUUGCCACUGGUUCUAUCGCCGCCUCCUACGGCGAGUACUAUCCGAGAAACGGCACUGUCUAUGAGACAAUCACCACCACAGCAAUCACUACCUACUGUCCAUACCCGACCGAGAUUGUGCACAACUCCAAGACGUACACCGUCACCAAAGCUACCACUUUGACCAUUACCGACUGCCCUUGCACAGUCACCAAAGCCGUCUUAUAUCCAACAGCCUCGACUGUCCUGUACACAUCUUGCCCACCUGGAGCUUCGUCUAGAUCACAAGCUCCUUACCCAGAGCCACCCAAGCCAGCUCCACCGACCUACAGCAACCCAUUGACCGUGGUCUAUCCAACUCCCACCGAGAAGAAGUCGGAGGGCGUUCCCGUCCCCACUGCUUCCUACACACCAACUAUGCCCACAUACCCAGCAGAAUUUACCGGCGCUGCUUCCGCCAAUAAGAUAAGCUUUAUUGUCGGUGCAGCAGCCCUCGCUGCUUUGGCUCUGUGA